CAGACCUGGCUCUUUUCGGUGGAUUGUAUAUUAAUGAAAUGAUAUCAUUGGAUUCCUAAACCACCUAGUUAUUUUCUUCAUUAAAUCCGUGCCUCUUCGAUUAGUCAUGUGUUAUGCUACAUUCCCCAGCCUGCUCUUUGUAGAGAUUUUAUGGGGGCCGGAAUCUACGGGUACCUUAUGCUAAAACCUCCACGGGGCGAUCAAGUUUAAAAGCUUUUCGUAUCUGCAAGGUGCCCUUCGCCCAUUAAAUUCAGAUAUAUUAACUCGCUUCACUUAUACCUACUUAGAAUAAGCGGCAGCGGUUGCUGUUGACUUCAGGAGAUCCUUGUUCCGAAGCAACAUUCGCGACGUGCUGGGUCGUUUUGAUGGCCACUACAUCAUUUGCCCUUCCGAACCAGCUCCCAAUUCUCAACAGGGAGUUAACCAAAAAGGUCAUGUUAAGCGACUUGAAGGUAUCGGUUCUGAUGCCUACGGGUUGUUUCUGCGCGGGCGGUUCAAUGUGCUGCAACCUAGGUGACGAUAUAAACUGCAAUUAUGGCAUCUGCGGUAUGGGAGCUUGAAGGGCGGGUAGCAAAAGAAAUGGUUACCCCGAAUGUCGAUGGCCAAUACAUGGGUACCGGUAACAUCGACUAUUACCCGCGCAGUCGGACGGCCUACUUCAUGGCAUCAAGAGUUGCCGGCUUUUGACAUGUGCCUACGGAGAGCAAUCUUCGAAGUCUAGUCGCGGGCCUAUCACUUCGGCCACACACAUCCGCCCCGUUCCCGCCUCUAGCACCGCGACUCACUUGCCUAGCCAUCCCGGCAAGGGCCCCGUGGCUUAAAUCGACUUAAACUCUUAUACGCUGGCAGAGUUGCCCUUCGAAUUCGAGUAGGAGGCAUAGGUCACCCUGAAGUCGCGAAUGGAUCGAGACGGGAUUUUAGUGGGAAGUAAC